AUGCCAGAAAAACAUUUCACUCAACUGGAAGCUGCUCCAAAAGUGUUGGGUCUUUACGGAGGAGGGACGUGGGGGUCCGUCAAGACGUUGCUUGGAGCUGGGGUGGGGGGGCUCGGGCCUUUCCCUUGCAGAGAAAACGAACCAUUUUGGAAGAUGCCUCACAAAGAUGAUUCGGACCACUGCAACAUGACGGCGGCGGCCGCGGCGAUGGUCCAGAGCUCGGCGGCUCUGUUCGGUUGUUCGGCGGCCGGUCAUAGUGGUAUCAACCAACUGGGUGGAGUGUAUGUCAACGGUCGCCCGUUGCCGGAUUCGACGCGACAGAAAAUCGUCGAGCUUGCACACUCAGGCGCCAGGCCGUGUGACAUAUCCCGCAUACUGCAGGUCUCCAACGGAUGCGUAUCCAAAAUACUUGGCAGGUAUUACGAAACCGGUUCAAUCAAGCCGCGUGCCAUUGGCGGCUCGAAGCCGCGGGUUGCCACCAAUGGCGUAGUGAACAAAAUCGCCGACUACAAGCGCGAGUGUCCGUCCAUCUUCGCUUGGGAGAUCAGGGACCGGUUGCUGUCCGAAGGGGUGUGUAGCAACGACAACAUACCGAGCGUGUCGUCCAUCAACCGGGUGCUGAGGAACUUGGCCGCACAAAAGGAACACCAGGCCUCGUCGACGCACCAGCCGGGCGGUGGAAAUGGCCUUAGCGGCGGCGGUGGCGGUAUCGGUGGUGGCGGCGGCGCGGCAGAGUCUGUGUACGACAAGCUUCGCAUGUUCAACGGGCAAACGGGUUGGCCAUGGUACGCAGCACCGCCACCACCACCACCACCUUCGGCUGGCGGCCCACCCGUGCACGGCGGCGCGCCGUCACCGCACCACCCGGCACUGGUCGGCUCGGCUGGCCACCAUCCGGGAAACCCAGCGGCCGCUUCGCUGGCCACGGCCACCACGGCUUCACUCACCGCCGUGUCCAGGGACGAUAUCCAGAGGAGAGCUGCUGAAUUGGCACCGGAGAGCACGUCCGAUGGCAACUCGGAGCACAAUUCGUCGGCGGACGACGAUUCGCAACUAAGACUUAGACUGAAAAGGAAACUGCAAAGAAACAGGACUAGUUUCACCAACGACCAAAUAGACAGCUUAGAAAAAGGUUAG